AUGGCCCGAUCUCUGCAGGUCCUCUCCCUCCUCUCCAGGCUUGGUGAUCUGUCAUUGAUGCCCUCAGUUUCUAUUAACAGCUGUCGAUUUGCGAGCAGAGGAGCCAGCAAUGCACGGAUGGGACAGAGCCAUGUGCACAGAGACAGAGUAUCAAACAGUGCUCCAAGAUACAGCGAUGAAAUGCCUGAUGAUGAACUUGGAUUGAAGGAUGCAGAGGAGGUAGAAGACAAGCUCCAGGCCUUGGUUGACGAGGCGAGAAAGGGGCAGAAGAAUGUGAAAUAUCAUAUACUGAGAAGGCAGAUGACUACACCAGGAGCUCCACAGAGGAAGCUUACCUGGGAUGCUAUAAAGCAGAUCAGAUAUCUGAAGCAAGAGCAGCCAGAUGAGUGGACAGUAGAUCGUCUGGCUGAGGGCUACUCUGUCACCCCUGAUGUCAUCCUAAGAGUCCUAAGGAGCAAGUUUGUCCCCCCUCCUGAUAGAAAAGUCCAGCAGGAUGCCAAAGUAAUGGCUGGACUGGGUCAGCGGGUGCUGCCUGCAGGUGUUGGGACAGGGGAGGCCGGGCUGAAGCUGCCUGGAAACCACACCUCAGCCCUACUCCUAUCUGGAAAUAGUGAAGGUGCAAUGGUGCCUGUGGCUGACAAGACUUUGAUGCUUCGAGGUGAAGGCUCUGGAUUCCUGGCUAAGGGUUCUGCCCCCGUUACUCUUCUGCCCACACACUUCAGAGCUGGUAUUAGUAAAGAUGUCCAUGUGACAAGGUCAAAAGAAGAGGACAGCACUUAUAACACAAAUCCUACGGAGGAGGAAAAAGAGGACGAGGAUAGCUGGGAUGGACGGCUGUUGACAGACGAAGAACUUGAAGAGUUUAUGGAAAUGGAAAAGCCUUACCCUGUUGUGCAAGUUGGGAAUGACUUCUUUGAUGCAGACGGCAACUUUUUGUAUAGAAUCUGAAGACUUCCUGUGUUGAACUGUUGGCUAAGCCUGUGUGAUGUUCAGGUUGUUAUAACACCGUGACUUUCUGAACAAGUUAUUACUGACACAAAUGAAACUUUAGUUAAAGAGUAUCUCAACCUGCUUGCAGCAGCCAUCCUACAACCAUAAUGUGUUUUGGUAACUGAUCCCUUUGUAAACAUUUUUUACGGUGCUGUAAAAUAUGAAUCAGGUGACAAAAAAAUAGAGGAACAUAAAUUUAUUUGAAAACCCAAAGAAAAUUGCCUCAAAUAUACAGAAGAAACAUAGCAGAUACAAAUAUGUAACCUUGUAUAUUUACAAAACCAUCACAAUUUAUUAAUUUAUACAGCAGUUUUAAACUGUAAGAAAAACGUGUUACUUUCACUUAAUGCAAUAAACCAUCAUAAAAGAAAUCGCCUAGUGUCUUCCAGUGUAUAGCUGCUACAUAAUAACCCUGUAUCCACUUUUUCAUAGUUUCACUCAAAAUUAUGUAUCGUGCCAAGUCAUGAAAGAGAGAAUAACCAGGUUAUUGUAGGCUAUUUUCUUUACAAAGCUCUGUGGAUUUAGAGGGGGUUAACAUGCAGUUCAAUGGGAGCUCGUAUGAAACACGUCUGUCACUGCUCAAGGAUUCAUCAUAGGCAACAAGUGCAACUUUGGGGUGUCACUGACAUACUGGAUGGAACUGGUUACACAUCAGCUGGUAUAAAUAAUCAGUACAUAGAUGCUGGCCACACAUUGGGAGAGCCUCGCAUCAUAUCCUCACACCAGGCACUUAUAUAACCACAUCCAAAUUUACUGCACUCUGAACCUGCAAAUCACAAAUAAAUAAGAACCUGUAUGAAAGCAAUGUAUUUAACACAAGACAGAGAAAUAACUGUGCAACAAAC